AAGGGACGCAGCGUCGAGUGUUUGAGCAGCCAGGCGGCCAGCGCGCAUCCCAGGACGCAACAUCAGUGUAGCUGGGGCUCAACUUUGCUCGCUAAACUUCGGACACUUUGGGGAAACUUACACGAAAAAGGAAACAUGGGUUGCUUUGAGUGCUGCAUUAAAUGUUUAGGCGGGGUGCCGUACGCAUCGCUGGUGGCUACGAUCCUCUGCUUCUCUGGCGUUGCCUUGUUCUGUGGAUGUGGCCAUGUGGCGCUCACGGGCACUGUGACCAUCCUGGAAACCCACUUCUCCAAGGUCACCAGUGACCACGCCAUGCUGACUGAUGUAAUACAGCUGAUGCAGUAUGUCAUCUACGGCAUUGCUUCGUUUUUCUUCCUGUAUGGGAUCAUUCUGCUGGCCGAGGGCUUCUACACAACCAGUGCAGUCAAGGAACUGCACAGCGAGUUCAAGACCACCAUCUGUGGACGCUGCAUCAGUGGAAUGUUUGUGUUCCUCACGUACAUUCUGGGUGUGGCCUGGCUUGGUGUGUUUGGCUUCUCUGCUGUGCCCGUCUUCCUCUUCUACAACAUGUGGUCUACCUGUGCUGCCAUGAAGUCUCCCAUGGCCAACCUCACCAGCAUUGACUCCAUCUGUGUGGAUGUUCGUCAGUAUGGAAUUAUCCCAUGGAAUGCCACACCAGGAAAGGCCUGUGGAUCUACACUAGGUGACAUCUGCAACACCAGUGAGUUCUACCUGUCUUAUCACCUGUACAUCGUAGCGUGCGCUGGGGCAGGAGCCACUGUGAUCGCUCUGAUCCACUUCCUCAUGAUUCUCUCAGCAAACUGGGCCUACCUUAAGGAUGCCAGUCAAAUGCAUGCCUACCAAGACAUCAAAAUGAAGGAAGAGCGGGAGCUGCAGGACAUCACUUCACGCUCAAAGGAAUGCCUCAAUUCCUACACAUAAGGAUACAACACACUCAAACUCACAGUCCACAUAAACACACACAUACACACAGGCGGCACACAUAUAAAGACACAUAGACGCUGUGGCCAACCACUGUGGCCCCUUUGGACCAAGACAAUGCUCAGCUAGAAUAACCUGCCAACUGCCCUAACACUGUGCAGUACUAACCAGGCUCCUAACAAACUAAUGCAUCAGUGUUUGCUUUCUGCACUAAUUCACCAAUAAGUGUUUUGGAACUGCUAUGUAAAGUUUCAUUCAUGCUGAUUUUAAUUUUCUAUUUUUCUAGAGGAAAAACUUGAUAUUCAUGUUGUCUUUCAUUUUCUCUAGCCCUUUUUAUAACCAGUUUUUGCUGGUGAAGCUUGAGACAUUGCACUAUUCUCAUAAAACGCAUAACAAAGAGGUUGUUUUACAGUCUUGCUCUGUCUUUCUUCUGAGCUGGUGGGGCCAGUUUUCAACAAGGGAAUGUUGAACUUUUUUUUUUUUUUUUGCUCUUUCUCAAUCAAAAAUGCAAACGAAUUAUAUACAUGAAGGCUUUAAAUUCAGUCUGAGUGUGUCACACAGUGCUGACACAAGACUCUUACAUUUCAAAAGAUGUUUUACUUUGACUUUACAGAAAAGAAAGGUCAAAUAUACAAUAUGCACCACAUUCUGUUGUAGAAAUGGUGUUUAUGUGUACUCUCUAAAGUCAGUCAUUUAUACUUAAGUAUUUAACUACAUUACUAUCUCAAUUAGUGGUAAUUUGAUUGUUGAUGAUUGGUUCUAGAUUCUAAUUUUCAUUGUACAGCUACUGAAAAGUCACACAGAACUUUCAUGGAUUACAUUAACACUACCUCAGGUGAGCACCAGAGCCUCUGGAAAAAUUUAACUGGAACACUUCUCCCUUGUAAAACUAUGGUUUGAAAAUCCCACUUCAGUCACAAAAAGAUGCCUCAAACACACAAUAUGCAUUUAGGUACCUGCAAGCAAGUAAACCAAGCACACACACACACACACAGCUCCUUUGCAUCACAACAUCAUAGUGUUUAAUUUUUAUGGGUAAGAAUGGCUUGCUUGCUAAAUGUGGACUGCUGCCAAUACGUAGAAGGAUAUUUGGUGUAUUUAAUGUUUAAUGUCUUAAAAGUCUGGUCUGUGGGUAUUCAUCUGGUAAAAUGAAAAAAAGAUUUGCCAAUGAAGAUAGCGCUCUGUUCCCUCAUUAACAGCAUUUAGCUCGUUGUCUAAUGUAACAUUUGCACAGUAUGAUCAAAAUUUACUUCAUUUUGAAAAUUGUAUGAAGCAAGCAGGAUUGUCCCAUGUUUAUUGGUACUAUGAAAAAAAAAAAAAAAAAUCUAAACAGAUCUAAAGAACCUAAGGUGUGAACUGUAAAUUUAUUACAAGCCAGGAUUUUGCUUUUUUAUUAUUGAAGAUGAAAACCACUUAAUUUUCUAUAAUUGCAUCUUUUUUUGAUGUGCAGUUGUCAUUACUCAUGUAAUCUUUUAUUUCUGUUAGCUGAGUUACAGGGAUAACUUGAUGUUUCUUUGUUGCAUGAAGAAAACUGUUUCCGCAGCGACACGUGAUGUACAGUCAUGUAUACUGAUAUCAGUAGUAGGCAGUGUUUGCCUCUUUCCUUUUUUUCCCCCCUAACUGAUUACAAAUUAAUCCACUUUAUGUAGCUGAUUAGUUAUAGAUGUUUUUUAGGUUCUUUUAUUCAAGUCAAAAGUCUGUAGGUCUUGUAUUAUUUUGUUGCCUGAUAGUAUACCUGUAUUUUCUACGAAUGUCAAGGGCUUCCUCAUGAAUUACUGAUGCUUAACUUUUAAUUCAACUUUCAAAUAACAAUCAGUCAUUUAUAAAACUGUGCGGCAAUCUAAAUGGUAAAUUUAGCCAAAGUAUGAAUGCCACUGUGACUCUCUGCCCGGUGUUUUACACUGCAUCUGUGAGAUAUUGUAGCACUGAACCUGCAUUGUUCUCCGCAAGACUAAUAGCCACAGGUAUACAGAGGCUGAGAUGAAAGAUGACAGAUCUCAUCUUUGAAUGCUGUUUCCCAUUGAAUGAACCAAAAACUAAAGGCUACCUAUCAAUCACCAGAAGGACAGCAAUCCAGCAUCCUGUCUGACUGGAAACCCGUUUAUGAUAUGACUCAACUGGCCUGUUGACUGUUUUUAUUAAAAUAAUAAAAUAAAACAAAACACA